CACCUACACGACGGGAGGAUAAACUUGUCCUUCUAGCGUGCGUAUAUAAGGCGAUAACGCUGACGAACGGAUACAACAGUGCCAGACAAUUCGGCCACGAGACGUAAUAACGAUUAUUAUCCGGCGUGGUGUGUGUUUAUGAGGGCGAGGGAUUUGAUUAGCAUGAUUGCGAGUUUGGUGAUGGCCGCGCUGUUAGCCGGCAAUGGCGCGUCAUCAGCGAGGACGGCACACAUGACGGUCUCUAAGAUGAGAAUGGCCGAUCUCGAGACCUCCGCAAGCGGGUACGCGUACAAUCAGCAGGGGGGUCUUCCGGCCUCGUACACGCGGUAUACCAAUCACGGAAGCGGACGUUACUACCAUGCACCGGCGCCAGUGCAUUACAUCGUCGGCAGUCCUGCACCUGUUGCGCCCGCCGUUUCUGAAACUGCGUCGUCGCACGAACCCGUUCUGCUCGCGUAUGCGACUGCAAAGCACGAAAUUGCACCGUACGUAGCGCGCCAGCCUUACCCGCGCGAUGGAUUCAUUAAUUAUGGCGUGGGCCAAUUAGCGAAAUACGCGCAACCGCUUGAGCCGCCCAAACUAGCUGCACGUGCGCCGUAUUACGUACCUGAUGUAUUUGAACCACGCGAAGCGGAUAAAAAUAUCGAUGAAAGGAGCGACGAGGAUGAUGAGGACGAUUAUGACGACGAUGAGGACGGUGAUGAAAAAGAGGAUAAAGAUCGUGCCUCUGAGAAUCGCGAAAAAGCCGUCGAUUUUGUAGUAACCCAUCCUAUUCACGGCCUCGACAACUCUCGUUCAGAUAUCGACGUUUCGUUUGAACACGGUGAAAAGUAUUCGGCCGCACAGAAUUCCGCUCAUGGAGAAAAGGGUGACAAAGGGUACAACAAACAAGUGGAAUUUGACGUGGGUGAACGCGGACAGCACGCUAAAAGCAGCCAGCAAGAACAUUACGAUACUGAAACUGGGCGCGAAAAAGGGCGCAGCGACAUAGCCGGAAAUUAUGGACGCUACGAUGAAACUGAGAGUGGUAAAAAGGGUAGCAGCUAUGGGCGGACAUCGUACCACAAAAAGGGACAAAAGACCAGCGGCUUUCAUAAAGUCUACCACAAGGAUGAAUAUAAAAAACAUACCGAUUUCUAUGAUGAGAACCACAAGAAAGGUUAUUUCGACAAGUACUUGGUUGCUGACGAGGACCACAAAGCGGCCGAGGGCAAUUUCAAGAAAGGUGGACAUCAUGAGUCCGGAUUUGAUGAUGAAAAUAGUGGGAAAAAGGGAUUUUAUGACGAAGGGCGAAUACAGAACCGUGAUAAGGGCUAUAAUAAGGAAAAGGGUGAAAAUUCUUUUCACAAUAAUUAUAAAAAUUAUGGCUCCGACGAAGACGCGCGUUUAAGUAAGAAACACGGGUACGACAAAGUUGAUUGACAUUAAUUGAUUUGCUGAAUAUGUAUUCUUUAAUCCUAAUAUAAUUUUGUCUGCUGCUGUUUUAUAUUUAUAUUGUUAUUUAUAUCAUGUAACGAAAGGAAAUAUAAUUACAUUUUUAUGAUGCAGGCUUUUACUCUGGGCAUAUUGAACACAUAACAUUAUUUAAGAAUUAUUAUUAAUGUUUUAUAUUGAAUUGCA